AUGGACAACACCUACUUCCUCCACCAACUGUUCGGAUACCAGACUUACCGAAUCUAUCAGCUACAGAAGCAGCUCUCAGAAAGCCAAGCGCGUGAGCAGCAACUCACAGAAAACAACCAUGGCCUGCGAGACGAGGUCGACCGUCUUCGCUAUUUGUCGAGGCCCUCCCGCUUGCUCGAGAGACUGCCUGCUAAGAUCAGGGUCAUGAUAUGGGGACUUUGCGUGGCUCCUGGGAAGUAUUUCUUGAAACCUCGGCCGACGCAUGACCGCCGAUAUAAAGACAUGGAAGAGUUCUUUGAGCCUGAAUGGCAGCUUUUCCUGGUCAAUCGCCUCGUGCGCGCGGAAGCCUUGGAAGUCUUCUUCAGGGAGAAUCACAUCGUCGUCAAUGAUGAGCCCAGGUGCCGUCUGCUUCUCGAACAGCCGUGGACAGAUGGUGCAGGGCAGGCAUUUUCCCUAUUCUCAGCAAAGCACAUGACCUCCAUCAGCGUCUCUUUUGACAUGCGUGGGCUUUCGGCCCCGUCUUCGAAUCCGCUCACCUGGGCCAACAGCCUGCGGCAACCGGCAACCUUUUUGCUCAAUGUACCCAAUGCCACUUGGGCCGCAUUGACAUUGCAACAGCGAAUGGAGUACGCACACGACAUUCUGAGCGCGAACGUUUCCUUCGCCUGGUCCCAGAUUCUCCUCCAUGCUACGGGGAGCUUGUCAUGGUCGCCGCCGUCAGCUCUUCGCUUUCUCCAGAUUGAUGUGACCAACUGUUAUUGCAGGCAAGGGUGCUGCAGGGCUGUGGCGCGUGCCGCGGAGGGCCUUGCACGAUGCAGAUUCGAAGAGUCGUUGGAAAAGAUUGAGAUUCUGGGUACGAAGACAGAGGCCGAGCGGAACCUGUUCAUCGAUAGCUUGAUUGGGUCCCGGAGAGAGUCGCUCGCUACAUGUCAGCCGAAGUUGACCUUCAGAGCUUUCGAGUUGGAGGGUAGAACGGAUGAUCUGAACACUCUUCACUUGGAUGGUCUCGAUACCCAGCUUGGCGAUGCGGAGGUUGAUAUGGCGUCGCUCUGGAGACAACAUUUGGCGGAUGUUGCUGAAGAAGAUGAGGAGUGA